UAUAUGGUUGUCUUAUCCCCUCUCCCGAUCUCUGUGUGUGUAGGUGUGAAACGUUUAGCUUGUAGUGGUACGCAAGACAGGCAAGAGGUAGCCAUUUUGACAACCUCUCACUCGCUAGUAGCUGUCGCCUUCCUUUGAAUAUUUUGAAGAAGCUGGGGAUCAUCGAUAAUCAACGCCACCCCGGCCAGUUGACUCUACUGCAAGUCGGCUAGCUGAUUCAACUAUAUAAUAUAUCCAUGCAUGUUAAUGAGGCUCUGAUUCUAUCUCAUCAGAUAUUCUGCUUCUGAUUCUGAUUCAUCUCCCCCCUUCUCGUCUAUUCUUGUUUCCCAUUCUAGCGCGCGGUGGAGAGGAAGAGAGAAACAGAGAGAGAUGGGGACGCUGGCACCAAACUCCAUAGCAGCAGAAGCACACGAUCGGAAUCAUCAAGAUCAAGUAGUAGAUGGUAAUCAUGCCAAGGUUGUUGGCGAUCAUGAUGCUGAUGAUGACAAACUGGAUGCUGGUGCUAAGUUUGUUCUUAAAUCCAAAGGAUCGUGGGUGCACUGUGGUUAUCAUUUGACGACAUCAAUAGUUGCUCCACCACUGCUAAGUCUGCCAUACGCUUUCACAUUUCUGGGAUGGACGGGCGGAAUUGUUUGUUUGGUCAUCGGAGCAUUAGUGACUUUCUAUUCAUACAACUUGAUCUCUCUGGUGCUCGAGCACUACGCUCAGUUGGGACAUCGCCAUCUUCGGUUCCGAGACAUGGCUCGUGACAUUCUUGGUCCCAAAUGGGGUCGCUAUUUUGUUGGUCCAAUUCAGUUCCUGGUAUGCUAUGGUGCUGUUGUGGCUUGCACUCUUUUGGGAGGGCAAUGCAUGAAGGCAGUUUAUAUGCUGACAAACCCAAAUGGGAGCAUGAAACUUUACGAGUUUGUGAUCAUAUUUGGAUGCUUCAUGCUGAUCUUGGCCCAAAUCCCAUCAUUUCACUCACUCAGGCACAUCAACCUGGUCUCCAUGAUCCUUUGCCUGGCCUAUAGUGUUUGUGCUACUGCUGCUUGCAUCCAUAUUGGAAGCUCUUCAAAAGGGCCAGCAAAGGACUAUUCCUUGAAGGGCAACAGUCAGAAUCAGAUUUUUGGGAUCUUUAAUGCCAAUGCCAUCAUUGCUACGACAUACGGCAAUGGUAUCAUUCCAGAAAUUCAGGCAACAAUCGCACCACCAGUGAAGGGAAAGAUGUUCAAGGGAUUGUGUGUUUGUUACACAAUAGUCACAAUGACUUUCUUCAGCGUUGCGAUAUCUGGCUAUUGGGCAUUUGGUAACCAAUCUGAAGGUCUCAUCCUUAGCAACUUCUUGUCCGAUGGUAACCCUUUGGUGCCAAAGUGGUUCAUUUUCAUGACCAACAUUUUCACCAUACUCCAACUUUCAGCUGUUGGUGUGGUUUAUCUGCAGCCCACAAAUGAAGUACUAGAGAGAGCAUUUGCAGACCCAACAAGCAAAGAGUUUUCAGCUCGAAAUGUGAUCCCGAGGAUGAUCUCUCGGUCACUGUCUGUCAUCACGGCAACAACCAUAGCAGCAAUGCUUCCCUUUUUUGGGGACAUCAAUGCAGUUAUUGGAGCUUUUGGUUUCAUGCCCCUCGACUUCAUCUUGCCUGUAGUCUUCUUCAACUUGACCUUUAAACCAUCAAAACGAAGCUUUAUUUUCUGGUUGAACACCACUAUUGCCGUGGUGUUCUCAAUCAUGGGGGUUUUAGCAGCAAUUGCAGCUGUAAGACAAAUUAGCCUGGAUGCCAAUAGUUACAAGUUAUUUGCCAAUGUAUGAUCUCAUCAUCUCAUCAGGGAAAUAUCACUCUUGUGUAUGAGCAUUCAGCUGAACUACCAUAGGUCAUUGCUUGGGUGCUUGGGAGGAAUCCAUGGUAUGUCUCUGGUUUGAUUCCCACAAUUGUAAUCAAAAUAGCUUUAGCUUUCCACCCUGUACAAUGACCCUAUGAUUUACAGAAACUCUCAUUCUAAGACUAUCAUGUACUCUAAUUUGGGAGGGAAGAAAUAAUGUAAUAGGAUCUUCAAGAUUGAGUCAAACCUCCUAUUGUGAUCGAUGAUCAUCAUUGCCUUCUCAACACAACAAGAUAAAAGCUUACAUACAAGCUGUUCCUGUUGCUGACAUGCGUAUUCCUGUCUUUGUAAGUUUGUAUUGCCAAUGAUGUUUGUUGCUCUAUCCCUUGCUGUUAGUGCUUCCCCUCUUUAUAUUGCUGAUAAUGCAUAUUUGCUCUCUUUGUAUCUCUG